GUUGAGUCGUUGCGUGCGAGGGGGGCGACGUAAGGGCGCUCGGCGAGCCCGUCUCUCCUCGAAUGAAAGGAAACAACCUCCGGCGACAGAGCCCCGCUCCCAGGCGCUGCCGGAGAACCGACACCGACUUCUUUCUCUUUCCCCUCAUUGGCGCUUCUCCGCUGCCGUUCGCCUCCGGGCCCCGCCGCAUUUCUUGAGGCUUAAAGUGGCAUUCUAAAAGCAAUUUAAAAAUCAUGUCAAGCUCAGUUGAACAGAAAAAGGGGCCUACAAGACAGCGCAAAUGUGGCUUUUGUAAGUCAAAUAGAGACAAGGAAUGUGGACAGUUACUAAUAUCUGAAAACCAGAAGGUGGCAGCACACCAUAAGUGCAUGCUCUUUUCAUCUGCUUUGGUAUCAUCACACUCUGAUAACGAAAGUCUUGGUGGAUUUUCUAUUGAAGAUGUCCAAAAGGAAAUUAAAAGAGGCACAAAGCUGAUGUGCUCUUUGUGCCAUUGUCCUGGAGCCACAAUUGGUUGUGAUGUGAAAACAUGUCACAGGACGUACCACUACCACUGUGCGCUGCAUGAUAAAGCUCAAAUACGGGAGAAACCUUCACAAGGAAUUUACAUGGUUUAUUGCCGGAAACACAAGAAAACUGCACAUAAUGCUGAAGCUGACUUAGAAGAAAGUUUUAACGAACAUGAAUUGGAGCCCUCAUCACCUAAAAGUAAAAAGAAAAGUCGCAAAGGAAGGCCACGAAAAACUAAUUUUAAAGGGCUGUCGGAAGAUACCAGGUCCACAUCCUCCCAUGGAACAGAUGAAAUGGAAAGUAGUUCCUACAGAGAUCGGUCUCCACAUAGAAGCAGCCCUAGUGACACCAGACCUAAAUGUGGAUUUUGUCAUGUAGGAGAGGAAGAAAACGAAGCAAGAGGAAAGCUGCAUAUAUUUAAUGCCAAGAAGGCAGCUGCACAUUAUAAGUGCAUGUUAUUUUCUUCUGGCACAGUCCAGCUCACAACAACAUCAAGAGCAGAAUUUGGAGAUUUUGAUAUUAAAACUGUACUUCAGGAGAUUAAGCGAGGAAAAAGAAUGAAAUGUACACUUUGCAGUCAGCCCGGUGCUACUAUUGGAUGUGAAAUAAAAGCCUGUGUUAAGACUUACCAUUACCACUGUGGAGUACAAGACAAAGCUAAAUACAUUGAAAAUAUGUCACGAGGAAUUUACAAACUGUACUGUAAAAAUCAUAGUGGGAAUGAUGAGAGAGACGAAGAAGAUGAGGAACGAGAGAGUAAAAGCCGGGGAAAAGUAGAAAUUGACCAGCAGCAACUAACUCAGCAGCAACUUAAUGGAAACUAGGUUCAUGGGACAGAGUUAGAAAACUGGGAAUGAAUAAGACAUCCAUAACUACUAUUCUUUUUUCACUGUUUUCUAAAAUCAAAAAGGGUUUGUCACUUUUUACUGCCCAACUCUUAGAUCCUUCAUUGAACUGCCUAAAAACGUCUUGUUUGUUUUAUGAGCCUUCACUAGAUGGCAGAAUUUGACAUGUUGAUAUUACUAGCUGUAGUUUGCAGUUUCUGGGAAGCAAUCGAAACACUAUUAACCCUGUGUAUAGUGUCAACAGUUAAAGCAGACAUUGAAAUGAAGUAAGCUAUAUUUCUGGACUGAACAAAAGUUCUACUGUUUAGAGUGUCUAAGUUUGUUUAGUGGACUCAUACUCAAGGGAAAGCAUAAGCAAAUUUCACUUUAUAGUAACACGCCUCUGGUGGCAACACAUGGGAAUUUGUGAUUUUCUUUUUUUUCACACUCAAGUCACGGAGGCUAGAAAUGAAGAGAACCUUCUUUUUCUCUUGGCUUUGACAGCACAUGGUAAAAAUCUCUUCCAAGAAGUGUGCUAAAGCUUUUCAUUUCGUUCCUGUUAAAGUUGUUCUCACUGACCAGCAUGCACUCGGGCGACUGGCGAUGUUAAGUUGUGAGCUCCGGUGCUUAACGCCAAAAUUCCCUUGACAGUAAACCUCUUCUCUUAUCAUGUCCUACAAAGAGCUUCUAGCAAAAUGAUUGGAUCCUUUCAAGUUUAAACUAAGAUUUGGCAGCAGCAAAUUAAACCUCUUUUUAAAAUUGAAAGGGUUACCACUCACGAAGGACUUCAGCCGCCAUGUCUGAAACUGGUUUCUCUCAGGUGCCGUGUGGUGUGGAACACUUCAUAUAUUGGCCCAAAGUACACGAGGAGGUCUCAGCCGCUGUUGGAAUAAAAAAAAAAAAAACAGUCUGCAUAAAACAGUAUUUAUUUUUCAUUUUGUGACCACUAUUUUUUAAAAAUUAUUUAAUACUUCUCAUGGUUUCAUGCAUUGCUUUGCUUAUCUGUUGACUAGGCUUUCGGUGCCCUACGUGUUUUGUUUUUUCCUGGUAGGGCUCGGUGGUGUUUUCUUGAUCAUCAGAGUUGUUUAUCGAAGCCUAAGAACGCAGCUGUUUAGAAAGGAUUUUCACACUUACCUGCUGAAGCACAUUUAUGUAUUUCUUUAUGGCAAAACCAAAAAACUUUAGUUGUGGUCUGCCUAAUAUUACCAUAGCACCUCAGUACCAAGGGUAGGGACUCUGAUUUCUGAAUUCUUCGUUAACCUACCACAUUAAAGCAAAUUAGCAAAUAAGAAAUAAUAUGUUAACUUGACUGUACAUCAUGAUAUUCUGCAGCUUAUGGAGAAGCGUUUUUAAAAUGUAACAGGUGGAAAAUUACACUGUGCUUAAUGACUGAUUUUUUUUAACUGCUAGUCCCUUAAGGUCACAUUUGUCAAGUGUGUUAUUCACACAUUCACUUCAAUCAAGGGACUCAAUGAUUGCUUUAUUUUAACCAUCUUUUAUUAUUUUUAGAAGGAAACUAGCUUUAGUGGGGUUGCCCUGUAUGUUUUUCUCUUUUUGCUCUAAAUAUGCCAUUGAGUUUUUUGUGUGUGUGUGUGUAUGUGAUGAAUUUUCAAAAUUCACCAUGACUUGAAGUGCAACGACAGAUCUAGAUGUUUGUUUACCAAGCUAUGUGACUUUUUCCAAAGGAUCUGUACUUUAUUUCCUUACAACAGCUUGAAACCUGUUAUUUUAAAAUCUUCGAAUCACUGUGUCUUGAUCAUUUUUACAUUGUGUGCCAUAGACUUACCCGUGGAACAGUAGGGCACCUUCAUUUUCGGACAACUACUGUAAUUAUGUUUUUAGGAAAAAUGGAAGGUGCCGGGGUAAUAGUGGCCAGCCAAUGAUCCUAUCAUAGACUUCACAUACUGUAGUUGUUAGUCGAUGGAUUUGUUAUGUAAUCAAGUGUGUCAAUUUGUAUUGGGUCAAUUCUUCACCCCUUUCUCUGCCACUAGCAACCAGAAUAGCACUUUACCUUUUGGUUGGCUAGAAUUAAGUGGCUGGCUACCUAUUUUUCUCACUGUGGUGUGAUUGGCUAAACGGUCUUUCAUUCAAAGUUGAAAUGUAAACUGAAGUCACAUGAAAAAUCACCUUUGGUUGUAAACCUCCAAUACUUUGAUUCUCCAUCCAUGUUUUCGUCACAUGCUGAGUAAAAAGUGCCUUACAAUGUAAAAAUUGUACAGUACUUAUGUUCCCAAGUAGCGUCAUCAUCUUCUGGGUAGUAAUUACAUUGUGGUAUGAAUAUUUAGGAAAAUGGACCUCAGCAGUGUAUUUACUGUUCAUCUCUUAAGUCCUUAACUGUAGUUUUAAUAAGCAUGACAUUAUUUGAUAAGUAUAUAACAUGUACAUCGUUUCCAAAAAUACUGCCAUGACUGUCUUUUAUGCAUAUUUUAGCUUGAAAUUUCGGAGCGUCUUUUCUUUCUUUCCUUUUUAUUCCCCCUCUUCUUUUUUGUUCUGUUUUCGUUAUUGAUAUUCAACAGUGUAAUCUUUGCAAGCGUAUAUUGAAGAUUAUUCUGGAGCAUUUAUUGCCUUACCAGAACUGUUAGUAAGAAAUGUUCUUUAGCGUAGAAAGAUAGACUUGAGUUUCUAUACUUUAAUAAGAGCUCUUUGUUCCUGGGGGGCGGGGGCGGGGUGGGGUGUGAAUUUUACUUUCAUCUCAAUUUAUUAAAAACCCACAGCUGAAAUAGAUUUUAUUUCAAAGAUCAGCAAUUUUAGAAUUUCAGAUAGUACUUGCUCAGGAGUACACGCUACUCAAGAUAUUAAGAGAGUAACAAGCUAUGUAGAUCUACUGUUGAAUCAGAAUCUAUGUACUUGAACAAAUGUGUGAAUCUUAAAUAUCUCAAAGAAAAAGAAAAGUGUUCUAGAAUGUUGUUGCUUUUUUGAAAAGCACUAAAGGUUAGACCAAGGUAUGCAGUUUUGUUCUAACAGGCAUUUAGGUUCGUUGUAAAGAUAAGGAAUGCAUUAUGGGUCAAAAUCAAACAUUCCUCUCAUGUUAUGUAUAUUUUGUUCCUGUUAUAUUGGCUUUAUUUUCAAAAUGGUAGUUUGUAGUAUUAGUUUCCUUUUAUUGGUAUCCUUGCAUAUACUAUUCAUUCAAUAAAUGAGUUACGACUUUCA